ACAACGGUCAACGACUGAACCGUUGUCGUUCGUAUCAGCCAUCGCGUCGGUUCACGUAAAUAAUGUGUAUUAUGAAAUUAAUACGAAUUAGGAUUUAGUAUUUGCUCGAUUUAGUGACUUGGUGUUUGUUCUUUACGGUUGAUCUUUGAGCGACAGAGCAUUGAACUUUAUUAAUAUUUUUUUAUUAUGAAAUUAUUAAUAUCUAUAGUAAUAAAAUAAUAAUAAAAUGUAAAGAAAAAUUAUUUUUAAGAUUUAACCGACAACCAUGGAUCUCGACGACUAUGACACUGAUUUUAAGGAAGAUGACGACUCGGAAGCGGAAUAUGAUAAUAAUCAAUCACUCGAUACCGACGUCGACGAUAUUUGCUGCUCAAACAAAUGCCUGUUGACGUUUGAUGAUGAAUUUAAGGAUCGCCUUAAGAUGGAUAUGUCACGGCUGCAAAGAUUUGAAAAACACAUUUAUCUGUUCGCGAUGAUAUCCAUUGAUGAAAACAAGAUAAACGCCACAAAAAUCAUCAAGUCUUCAAAAUAUUUCCAAUAUGCAGUUAAGCAUUACGGAGUUAAUCGAUCUGUGUGCAAAAGCGCAUUUGUCACCCUGCACGAUACAACUCUAUCACUGGUACGAACAUUAUGCAUGAAAAUGACAAUAGGGCAUAUAAUACCUACUGACAAUCGUGGGAAACAUAAUAACCGAUUGACCAUACCCGACGAAACAAAAGUUGCGAUAAAAGAGCAUUUCUUUAGCAUCUUGAAGUCUCCUAAUAUUUUCAAAUGUGCCAAGAAAAAUCUAGGCCAACCCAAUAUUUCUCAGUUGUGGAUUAGUUUUAAACAGGAACAUGGUCAUAUAUCUCGUUCAACAUACACAAAAUAUAUUCAAUCAUUUUUAACACCAGAAGUUGUAUCAAAUUUUAUGUGUGCAAACCAAGCAAAACAAAUUUUACAGUAUGUAAACAAAAUUAAGUAAUGUUAAGUAUAAAUUUACUAUAAACUUUUGACUGUUGUACAUUUAUUUUUAU